UAUGUUUUUAUUAAUCGGUAAUCUCUCUCGUUGACGAUUUCUCUCAAUCGCAGUACCAAACGAAACCGAUGAUCCUAGCUUUUGUUUUCUUCUUUUGAUAUCAAAUUAUCAUCGUUUAAUGUUGUUGUUAAUUAAUCAUUAGAAACUGUGUAUGGAUUUGAGAUUUGUGAGUAGUACUGUGCGGUGUGGUAAUGUAAAGUAAAAGCUAUGGGAAUUAGAAAUAGGCUUCUUUGUGAAAUAUUAUGUUGUUAUCUUUGGUGAGCAAACGCUCACUGGAGGUAGAUUCCAGGGACGCCUAUGGAUUUGCCUUGAGACCUCAACACGUUAAGAGAUAUCAAGAAUACCUUAGCAUUUAUACAGAGGAAGAGACAGAGAGAGCUGAGAAAUGGAAGAUUUUUCUUGACCGUCAAGACAGCGCCGCUGAUCCUUGUUCCUCAGAAGAGGAGUUUCAGGAUACAUUACCGACUGAUGAUGACUCUGACUUUGGAGAGGAGAGUGCUUCAAAGGAGGAUUCAAGAAAUGACAAACAUGAUUCUGGUUCUUGUAAAUCUGGUGGUUUAGAAGUGCAACAUGUUGAAAAAGAUAGUACUGAAACAGUUGGUGAGCUUUCAAAAGAGAAGGAGCUAGCUGAGGAGGCACAUGUUGUUGACGAGCACCAAUAUUUGAGGGAGAAGAGUCUUAGAAGAAACAGUGAAUCUGUAAAAGAUGAGGAUGAGGGAUUUGAAUCUGAGAAAGAGAAUGAGUCUUCAGUUGAAAGUGAAUCUGUGAGAGAUGUGGAUGAGCGAUUUGAAUCUGAGAAAGAGAAGGAGUCUUCAGUUGAAAGUGAAUCUGUGAGAGAUGUGGAUGAGCGAUUUGAAUCUGAGAAAGAGAAGGAGUCUUCAGUUGAAAGUGAAUCUGAUGAAGAGAAAAAAUCUCAGUCAGUAAAAGAAUCCAUUGAUUAUGUACACAUUCAACAAGAGAAUGAGGCAGAAAAGCUUGUGGAAGAAGCAGAUAAAUGUGGAUUGGAUGAUGAAAAAGCACAAAAAGAAACAAAGUCCCGUUCAGUUAUCGAAUGGGCUCAUAUUAGACCUUGUCUUGCGUCUAUUGAGGCUAUGAUGUGUUCUCGUGUUAAGAAUGUAAAGUCUAUGCAAAACAAGCAGAAGACUAUAGUUGAGGACCAUGCUUCAUCGAUACACAAAUCGUUAGCUUCCAUUGAAGAAUCUGAACAAAACUCUGGGGAGAAUGACCGUGACAGUGAGGCUUCCACAAGUAGAUCCCAUUCGAUAAAAGAAGAAGAACAUGAUGCUCAGGGUAGUGUUUCUCCAGAGCCAUUUUCCCCUUGGUAUGAAGAACUUGAGGUACUUGUUCGUUUGGGAGUGCCAAAGGAUCUCAGAGGGGAGGUCUGGCAAGCCUUUGUAGGUGUAAAAGCAAGACGAGUUGAGAGGUACUAUCAGGAUUUGUUGGCCCAAAUAACUAACUCUGAUGAAAGCUCAUCUGACGUCCAAAGAAAGUGGAAAAAACAAAUUGAAAAGGAUAUACCUCGGACAUUCCCAGGCCACCCUGCUUUGAAUGAAAAUGGUCGAGAUUCCUUAAGGCGGAUACUUCUAGCUUAUGCUUGUCACAACCCAUCCGUUGGGUACUGUCAGGCUAUGAACUUUUUUGCUGGACUGUUGCUUCUAUUGAUGCCAGAGGAAAAUGCAUUUUGGACUUUGGUUGGGAUUAUUGAUGAUUAUUUUGAUGGCUACUAUAUAGAAGAGAUGAUAGAAUCUCAGGUUGAUCAACUAGUCUUUGAAGAGUUGAUGCGAGAAAGAUUUCCAAAACUCGGUUCGUUUUCUCAUCUUAUAUUCAAGUUCCUCUUUAUAUAUAUAUUUCCACCUUAUACAGAGCAAUGUGAUCGUUUCUUCUAUUCCAAUAAUCCUCCUGAUGCAGUUAAUCAUCUGGAUUACUUGGGAGUGCAGGUAGCUUGGAUCUCUGGGCCAUGGUUUCUAUCUAUUUUUGUCAACAUUAUUCCCUGGGAAUGUGUUCUGCGGAUGUGGGAUGUGCUUCUCUUUGAAGGAAACCGUGUAGUGUUGUUUCGAACAGCAUUUGCUUUAAUGGAACUAUAUGGUCCUGCAAUAGUGGCUACAAAAGAUGCAGGAGAUGCUAUUACUUCACUACAAAGCUUCGCUAGUUCAACAUUUGAUAGCAGUCAACUUGUUUUGACUGCAUGUAUGGGUUAUAUGUCGACGAAUGAAGCUAGACUAGAGGAGCUGAGGAAAAUACAUAGACCUGCGGUACUAGAGAUUGUCGAGGAAAGAUUACAGAAGGGUCGAGUCUGGAAGGAUAAAAAAGGAUUGGCUUCUAAGUUAUAUAGUUUUAAACAUGAAGGCUCUAUACUAGAUGAACAAAAGCCUACUCAAAGGACUGAUGGUGAUGAUGAAUCUCGUUCGCCUAGUUGUUCUCUGAUUCUUGAUGGCGCAAAUGUUGAUUCCGAAGUAGACUCUUUACCAGAUCUUCAAGAACAGGUGGUAUGGAUGAAGGUUGAACUAUGCAGACUGUUGGAGGAGAAAAGAUCAGCUGUGAUGAGAGCUGAUGAACUAGAGGUAGCUUUGAUGGAGAUGGUCAAAGAAGAUAACAGAUUGGAAUUAAGUGCAAAGAUUGAAAAACUUGAAAAGGAAGUGAGAGAACUAAAACAAGUUCUUUCUGACAAGAAAGAACAAGAAACGGCAAUGCUUCAGGUCUUAAUGAAAGUUGAACAAGACCAAAAGCUUACAGAAGAUGCUCGGAUAAGUGCAGAGCAGGAUGCAGCUGCACAAAGAUAUGCAGUACAUGUGCUUCAGGAAAAAAAUGAGAAGCUUGCAACUCAACUAGCUCAGAUGGAGAAGAAACUAGUUACAGCAGAAUCAACUCUCGAAGCUACUUUGCAAUAUGAAUCAGGUCAAAAUAAAGCAUUAUCAUCUCCAAGGUUUCCUCGUCCUGCACCGGAGAGCCCUAAAAAGAGGACAGGCUUCCUAUCAUUUGGGCUAGGCUGGCGUGACAGGAACAAGGCAAAACAGCCUGAAGAAUCAAAUAGUGAUAACACUAGUAAUGCAACAUCUGAAGUCAAAUCUCCAUCAAAAGAUAGUGUUUCAGGGCAGGAAAGCAAUGUAUCAAAAGAAAGCAAAACCGAAGAUCUUCUAAAUCCUGAGACAAGACGUUAACCGAGAAAGAGUCAUAAACUGCUGAACAUUUAGGAUCUUGAAGCUGCUAAAGAUAUUCUCCCGUUGUCUCUCUGUCAUAAGGAAGAGUUUGGGGUUUGAACUAUAGAUUAAGAGGCU